AUGUCGAAGCCACUGGAUUAUGAGAAUUUGAAUGAAAAUGUUAAGAAAUGUCAGUAUGCUGUUCGAGGUGAGCUGUAUCUUCGGGCCUCUGAGCUUCAGAAGGAGGGCAAGAAGAUCAUAUUCACAAAUGUUGGCAACCCUCAUGCCCUCGGGCAGAAGCCUCUGACUUUUCCUCGCCAGGUGAUUGCGCUCUGCCAAGCUCCGUUUCUGCUAGAUGAUCCUAAUGUGGGACUUGUAUUUCCUUCCGAUACUAUAGCAAGAGCUAAACAUUAUCUUUCACUGACAUCAGGGGGUCUAGGUGCCUACAGUGACUCACGUGGCGUUCCUGGAAUAAGGAAAGAAGUGGCAGAGUUCAUUGAGAGACGUGAUGGAUAUCCAAGUGAUCCAGAACUCAUAUUUCUAACAGAUGGUGCCAGCAAAGGAGUGAUGCAAAUCUUAAAUGCUACUAUUCGUGGUGAUCGUGAUGGGAUACUGGUCCCUGUUCCACAAUAUCCCCUUUAUUCAGCUACAAUAUCGUUAUUAGGUGGCUCUCUUAUUCCCUAUUACCUUGAAGAAACUGCCAAUUGGGGUCUUGAUAUUGUUAACCUUCGCCAGUCAGUUGCCCAGGCUCGUUCUCAAGGAAUAACUGUACGGGCAAUGGUGAUUAUAAACCCUGGGAACCCUACUGGACAGUGUCUUAGUAUAGCAAAUCUGAAAGAAGUAUUACAAUUCUGUUAUCAGAAUAAUUUGGUAUUGCUUGGAGAUGAAGUUUAUCAGCAAAAUAUUUACCAAGAUGAGCGUCCUUUCAUAAGUGCACGGAAGGUUCUGAUGGACAUGGGAGGACCCAUAAGCAAGGAGCUUCAGCUCGUUUCCUUCCACACAGUCUCCAAAGGUUAUUGGGGUGAAUGUGGGCAACGGGGCGGAUACUUUGAGAUGACCAAUAUUUCUCCAAAGACAGUUGAAGAGAUAUACAAGGUUGCUUCCAUUUCACUCAGUCCAAAUGUUCCUGGGCAGAUCUUCCUAGGGCUUAUGGUCAACCCUCCUAAACCUGGAGACAUAUCUUACGAAAGAUUUGUUAGAGAGAGCAAAGGAAUCCUUGAGUCUCUGAGGAAGAGAGCACAAAUAAUGACAGAUGGAUUCAAUAGCUGUAGAAAUGUAGUCUGCAAUUUUACAGAAGGUGCCAUGUAUUCCUUCCCACAAAUACGUUUACCUCCAAAAGCAAUAGAGGCUGCAAAAAAGGCUGGAAAAGUUCCCGAUGUUUUCUAUUGUCUCAAGCUUCUAGAAGCCACAGGCAUUUCUACUGUCCCGGGUUCGGGAUUUGGUCAAAAGGAUGGGGUUUUCCACCUGAGGACAACCAUCUUGCCAGCUGAGGAAGACAUGCCGGCCAUCAUGGCUAGCUUCAAGAAAUUUAACGACGAGUUCAUGGAACAAUACGAAGACUACAGAGGCUAUUCGAGGAUGUAA